UAGGGGUGGAGCUUAUCUUGGUACGAUGUACCACUAUCAUGUACCACUAUGAACGCUAAAACGGACUGGUUCUUUUCUCUUUUCUCAUACCGCAGAUUUGGAAAAAACUACCUUACUUCGUUGCAAGGUAUAGCUGGUAUCAACCAGAAAUGUACCAAAAUGGUUAGCCACGCCUUAACCAAAAAGUACCAAACACUCGAAAACGCUCUGGUACAUAUUGGUACACUUUGGUACAUGUACCAAACGAUCGCCAAAAAUCGCCUAUAAUGUCAAAUAACCUGCUAACACACAAAAAUUAAAAUUUAGUGUUUAGGGACUUUCGUUAGUACCAACAUCACUCCUCCAUUUUUUGAGGAAAUUGUCGGGUUACCAACGACGCUUUUAUUUGCGAGAGAGGCGCGGUUCUUCUUCCAUAGGGAAAAGUUGCGUGAUCGAUGGACAUAAAGCCAAAAACACUAGUGUCGAACAGAUUCAAAUGACUUCGGAACGUUAGAACGCGGAACAUUGCGAUUGUGAUACUCUGGAAAAAGUGGAGAGGAUUUUGCGGUAUUUUCAGGGCAAAGAUAAUACAACGUUUAAUUAAGCAUUAUGGAUUUAUCCGUCAAUAAAAUUCAUCGUAUUUUAUUGGAUGCUUCAUUGCCAUCAACUAUUGAAGAUCUUAAAAAUCCAACAGAAGAUUAUGUCAUGAAUUUGUUAACAACAUUUUUAUCACGUUUUAAUAUCAAUAUAAGCUCGAUUGAGCCAAUUCAAGAUCAAUUUGAUAUUAUGCCGUAUCACGAAGAUUCCAAUCUGCUAAAUCUCAUAAAUGUACAUGCAGUUGUGACAAAGAUAUUUGACAGGAUAUUUUUAAGUGAUUUUUAUCUUACUGAUAUUACUAGCCCAGGACAAAAACGACUUAGAAAGAUAUUAAAAUUUCUUUCUAAUUUUGUAUUAUAUUGGAUGCACAAGAAGUCAGGAUUUAUUGAUAAGAUGGAGCAAAUCCAGAAUAUAUCUAAAGAACUAGAAGACCUGAAAGAAAGAAAGGUUCAAAUUUCAGAGAAAAUUAAUAAUACAUUAAUAUAUAAAUCAAAACAAAUUUCUAUGAUAGAAAAGCUAGAGGCUGACAUAGAACAUGUACAAUCGAAAACUGAAAAAGUCAAUAAAAAAGAAAUGGAACUCGAAAUAAUGAAAAAUGAUGUGGAAAGGGAAAAUCAGAAGGCUAAAGAACUUUGUGGCUCUGUCAAAACAACAGCAGGAAAGCUAUCCAAAAUGAUAACUGAAAUACAGUCGGCAGUUGUACAUUCACCAGAAGAGUAUCGAUGCCGUUUAAAGGAAAUUGAGGAGCAACAUAGGUUAAAAGUAGAGGAACGUGACGCAAUGCAAGAAGCCAUUCAGGAUAAGAAACAGUCUAUAAAACAAAUCGGAGAGAAACUAAAUUUUGUUCAAAAAAUAACUGACGACUUUUGUACAUUGGGAGAUACAUACAAAGAACUGAAAAACAAAAAAACAAAAUUAAAAGAUGUUAAAGAAGAAAUUGAUUCAUCAAACAAGAUAUGGAAAGAAUUAGAAACUAAAAUAGCAAUGCACAAUAAUCAAAUAGACACUGAAAUAAAUACAUUACAAACAUGCCGUGAAGAAGAUGUGAUUCCAUUGUGCAACCUACAGAAUCAAUUGCUAAAUGAAAAAAAAGAACAAAAAACUAAAUUAGAUAAAAGUCAAGAUUGUAUCAAUGAGAAAUGCUUAAAAAGGGACAAGUUGCAUUCAGAGAUUAAGAAAGUUGAAGAAGAAACUAUGACCUUCAUCAACGGUUGUCAAAAAAGAUAUGACAAUGAAGUUGCUGAAGAGCUUGAAUUGCGGAAUACUUGGAGAAAAGAAUAAUUGUAAAAAUAGAAAUAGAUUUUAUUAGAAAGCAAAAAA